AAUAAAUAGCACUUGGCAGGUGAACAGCAGAGUCACAGGAUCAGAGUCCAACUGUGUUGAGCUGAACAACGCAGCAGCAGCAGCAGCAGCAGCAGCAACACGUUCUCCACCGCUCGGAUCAGCAGAGGGAAUCAUGCUGGCUUUGAGUCGCUCCUCAGGUUUAUUCAGAGCUGCUCUGAGGCAGCACUUAACACCAAGAGCAAACAUAUCAGCCAAACCAGCUAAACAUGUCGUGAGCACAGGGGAGCAGGUGAUUGCCUUGACGGCCAUGUUCCUGACCAUCCUCGUCCCCUCAGGGUGGGUCCUCGCCCAUCUGGAGGACUACAAGAAGCGGCCAUGAUCACCUGAACACCGUCACGCCGCUCCUCUGCAUUCCUCCUCACAAAAACCUGUCAUAUUUCUCAUUAAUAAACCAACAUACAAACUAACAAA